AUGGAACCACCACCAAUAUUCAAGCUGCCCUCGAAGGGCGGGCAACCACCUCAGCAUCUUUCUCCGGAACGCGUCGACACGCGCACGACACCAACAACGACAACACCGAGCAAGACGCCGGUGACCACCGCCCCCGAGACGUUUUCGCCCACACUAUCAGGAGAACCUACUUCCACACAGUCGUCACCAACCAGAAGAGCCAAUCUAUUCGCUGAUUACCAUCCAACCACGCCCAAAGCCAACCAAUCUACCGGCUUCGCGCUGCCGCAUUCGCCUAGCUUACCAGAGAUCAACGCCUUACGCAGCCAUGUGCGGACUAACAGCGACGUGCAAGGCCUUGUCAAGCGAUUCGAGCAUCUGGACGUCCGGGACCGGGACGCGGAGAGCGUGGAGCGGAGACGGAAGCAAGACGCCGAGCUGCGGCGGGCGCAGAUAGCGAGGGAGGAGGCGGAGACUGAUGUCAGGCGGCUCAGAGAGGAACUCAGGCGGUCGGGUAGGGAGAGCGAUGAAGGUCGGGAGAGGGAGCGGAAGGUCGGGAAGAGGUUGGAGGUGGUCAUGGAAGAGUUCGCUUCCGCCAAGCAACAGCACGCAUCACAAAUGGCCGUUUAUGAGAAGGAGAUCCGCAAGGCGCGGAAGGAGGCGUAUAAAUCUUCUUCUGCCGUCAUUAAGCUGCAAGAGGAGCUGAAAUCAACUCGCAACACGCUCCGGAUCACGCAGUCGGGUUUCGAAAUGGAGAAGCAGAGAGUGCAGCGAACAGAGCAAGAAACAUUCAACGCACAUUACCAGCUUGCAGCGGUGCAAGAGGAGCUCGAAAAGCUGCAAGCACACCUUCGCAUAGUGCAAGAAGAGAAGGACGCUCUAAAGCUAACCUUGGAAGAAGAAGAAGUGGCAAAGGUUGCUGCAAAUGGCAUGAUAGCCUUGCCACUGGCGCAGGAAGAUGACCAACCAUUUAGCUCGCCACAAAAGCGGUCGCCGCUUUCUGACGACAAGGAGAACCAACCGGUGACAACCAAGAAGAUGAGAAGUAAAGAUCAGAGUGAUGAGCUUGCGCUUGAGCGGAGACGAAGAAAGCACGCCGAGGAGAUGGUCGAGUUCCUGAGUAUGGAAUGCAUGUUUCGAUGCUGUAGCUGUCAGAGUUUGUCUAGAAAGCUUGGGCAUGACAGCUUCGAGCUUUCGGUUGCAAGCGAACUGUCGGAAAAGCUGGAGGACAUCAUGUUGUCUAUGCAGGCGGUACUCAACCCAUCAGGCCAAGCUGUCGAAACCGAAGUUGACAUGCAAGAAGUAGCUCAUCAUGAGCACAUCGAGGAGUGUGAAACACCAGAGCUCGCGAAGACAACGCUCGAAGUGCAAGACGUUGGAAGCACGAAGUCUGUAACAGCAGAGGAGGUUGACCGCAGUAUGACCUUGACCGCCGAAACGCCAGAGAAGCCAGCACCUAGGAUAGACAAGGAGGCUUCGAUAGCGCCUCAUCGCACGCCUGCUAAAGCUGUCAGCAACCCGGAACAACCAGCUACAAUCCCGUUACAGCCUUCCUCACCACGCACGCCAUCCCAGCACCACCAAACUACGCCCUUCCGGCCACAACCCUCCAUUCGCACCGUCACAACCACGACAACAAUCCCUAUGCAUUUCACUCCAAUGGCCAAACCUCAGGUCUCCCAACACGCCGUCGAGGACGCAGAAAAUAUCCCACCGCAGUCGGACGACUCGGGACAAGCAGAGGCGACGUUCGACCGCGCGGCAGCUCUAGCAGCGAUCGAGUAUCGUCGCGGUCGAGCGAGGAGUUUUGCGCAAGGGCAUCUCACGCCGCGUAAGCAGAUGCUGGAGGGUGUCGUCCCCAGGAGAGAUGUUAGUGCGCCAGCGCUGGGUGGGAAGACGGGAACGGUGAACUAUGCGAAGGGGGCGGGGAGUGUGGGGAGAGCGGGAAGGAGGAUGGUGUAG